CGACGCGUAGGCUUCCGGCGCCUUGAGGGGGCGGUGAGUCCCUGAGGAGGCGGCGCGCGCGGAGAUGCCCCGUGGAGACCGCUCUCGCGGCUCGAAGAGAAAAAGAAACUGGGAUGUAGAAUACCCAUCCUUUCCAGGAGACAGUCCACGGCAGUGCACACGAGCAGGUCUCAGGACCGUGGGGGCAGCGGCUACCCUCUCUGAAGCAUGGCUCAGAUGUGGAGAAGGAUUUCAGGAGACUCCUGGGACUCUGUCACUAACAGCUGAAAAGAAGACUACUACAGAAAAACACUUCAAAUUAUCCCCUAGACCCAAGAAAGAACCUGCCAUAUCUAAGAGUUCCAGUGGGUUUACAGCUAUAACGUGGAGUUCCAGUGGAAGUGAUCUGUCAGAUGAAGAUAAAACAAGUUUUAAAUCACAGAGAGAUAAUGGGCAUGGCUCUAGAGUAGAUGAUCUACAGGUUAUUGACUGGGAGAUUGACAGUGACAGGGAAGAUGCUUGUGAAUGUGAUGAAUUCGAAGACUGUGAGAGUGUGGUGGAGAUAUCUGACUGUGCUUCUUGUACAAGCAGUCAUUCUUUGACACCUGCAGAGACACUACCUGAACUUCCUAAGACAAAUCCUACAGAAAUUUUAGAGUAUUCAUCAGAUAGUGAAAAAGAUGACUCGGAGAAUGUCUUGUUCACUGAUUCAGAAUCCUCUAGUUGCUACAUGGAUUUUGGAUCAGAUGGAAGACAGGUUAUGGAGAGACUGAUAAACCCGAUGGUAAAAUCUGAGGAGACCAUUCUGCAUACACCCCAGAAACAGACGAAGCUUCCCAAGACUCCAGAAAAUUCAGCAAAGAAGAAGAAACUUUUAAGAGGUGGGCUAGCAGAAAGACUAAAUGGACUGCAGAAUCGAGAGAGAUCUGCCAUUUCUUUGUGGAGACAUCAGUGUGUUUCUUACCAAAGGACAUUUUCAGGUAUAAAAUCUGGUAUAUUAACUGUGAAAAUUCUAGAGUUGCAUGAGGAAUGCAGCAUCCAGGUCGCCACGUGUGAGCAGUUAUCGGGGCUGCAGGCUGACAGCCCUUCUCAGGGUGGGGCCCCUGGGACUGGCCUGAAGGUUCUCUUCACCAAGGAGACUGCACGCUGCCUCAGGGGACUUCCCCAAGACGUCGUCCACAUCUACCCUCCCUGGCAGAAGCUUAUUAUCCCUAAUGGAAGUUGCCCUGUUAUUUUGAAUGCUUAUUUUUGUCAGAAAGUUGUUGCCAAAGAAGAUUCAAAAACAGCACGUGAAGUGCACAGUUGGAACACACCCCUUCCAAGAAGAAGCAUCACUUUGGCCCAGAUGUUUAGAUUUAAGAGCCUAACAAAUAACUCACCUGAAAGCCAGGUCAUGUGUGGUGGUCGCACCGCUGUGGGCACAGACUGGACCCUCAGGCACGAACAAGCAGAGCCGGGCUUCCCCGCCCAAGCUCCCAUGAGGGAUUCUCUGCUGGAUGCAGUCGAAAGCCAAGGAGCUGCCACCUGGUCAGGAGUUGGGGUCCGAGUGGUGGUGCAGAGAGUUUACUCUCUUCGCUUCAGGUGUCGGCAGGCAGAUGGAGCAGACCCACCUGGAGUUCGAGUCUGCCUUCUCGUGCAAGAUGCCCUUGGACUCUUCAGUGAGGUGCACUUGGAGGGCACUGUCCUGAAGGACAGGGAGUUGGAGGGCAAGUCCUGCAGGCUGGCGGGAAUGAAGAUUCUGCAGAAGGUCACCCGAGGAAGGAUGGUGGAGCUUUUCAGUUUGAUUGACACCAUGUGGACUUCAGUGGCGCCUCUGAAAGUACCAGGCCAUGGCCCAGCCUACGAGGAAAAAACUCAUCUGCCUCCUCCUAGCUUCUGUUACAUCCUCACUGCUCGUCCAAAUCUGGGACAGAUUGAUAUAAUUGAAGAAGACCCCAUUUCUAAGCUUUACCAGCCUCCGAUUCCCCAGUUCUUAAGAGAAAUUCUCCAGACGGAUGGCCCCUGUAGCCGUUGCAGUUUCUAUGCCAGAGUGAUUUACCAAAGGCCGCAGGUAAACAGUUUGCUUCUGGAGCCAAGAGAGGUGUGGCUGGUGGUGACGGAUGUUACUUUACAAACGCAGGGUGAGGACUCGGGCCUCCCCAGAACCCUGCCUGUGUGUGUGGCCACCUCGUGCGUGCUGGGCCAGGAAGUCCGGGACGCGCUCUCCGAGGCCACCUCCCCAAGCUUCCUCUUCAGAGAUGCUCUCCGAGACCAAGGUCAGGUUGUUUGUGUUGGACGAACCGUCCUCCUGCUUCCAAAGCCCCAUCUGGGUGUGGCCUCUGGUGCCUGGGAGCUGAUGGGCCCUGUGAGGCUGGAUGAGCUGGAUUCUGUCACUCGAGUCAACUCCAUUUGCAGCGUCCAAGGCACCGUGGUCGCUGUGGACGAAAGCACCGCCUGCUCCUGGCCUGCGUGUGACCUGUGUGGCAGCGAGAGACUGGAAUGGAGCCCUGAAGACAGCAACAGGGGCGCCUUCUCCUGUGGGGACUGCUCCCGCAUGGUCACCUCUCCCCUUCUCAGAAGGCACCUGCAGGUCUCCCUGGACUGCCCCUCGCGACCCCAGUGCACAGUGAGGGUCAAGUUGCUGCAGGACAGUAUCUCUUUGCUCCUGAGGUUUUCCGCCUGCGAGGAUGGGAGCUAUGACGUGAGGAGUGUCCUCGGAAAGGAGGUGGGGCCGAUAACCUGUGUCGUCCAGUCCAUCACCACCCACCCGGCCAGCUGCGUGCGACUAGAGGAGGUUGAGCUCCUGAGUGAGGGGAGAGCCUUUUCAGAACACCGGCUGCAGCCACAGGAUCUGUGAACUUUACAAAGUGGCUGCGAGGUGGUGGUGGUUUGGGUGGUUGUCUGUUAACUCUGGGCAGAGUGAAUGUACUUUAUGAUCUUGGCUUUGUAAGCUAUAAAUCAAAAUGCUUUUUCUAUGAUUAUACUUUAUUUCUGCAAAUUUAGGAACAUGUUAAAGCUUCAAUAAGCUUGAAAUUUUCAUUUUUUAUCUAUCGUAGACAAUAAUGUAGUAGAAAAAAUUAUUUUAUUCCACUGUAAUUUUAAAGUGUUCAAAUUUUA